CCCUGCCGUUCCCGGGGCGGCCCCGCUCCGUCGCGCGCUUUCGCCAUCAUCGCGGCGCGCCGCGGCCCGGGAGUGACGCGCGGGCUCCCGGUACCUGCCAGCAUGGAGGAGGCGGGGGCAGGCGGCGGAGCGGCCCCGGCCCCGGCCCUCGCAGAGCUGCUGGCGGACGAAUGUUACGCUGACUUCUUCAGAGAAGACUUUGAUGUGAAAGCUUAUACUUCCCAGUCUAUCCAUCAGGCUGUGAUAGCUGAGCAACUGGCAAAACUUGCCCAAGGUAUUAGUCAGUUGGAUAAAGAGCUUCAUUUACAAGUUGUUGCAAGACAUGAAGACCUGUUGGCCCAAGCAACUGGAAUUGAAUCCCUGGAAGGUGUCCUCCAAAUGAUGCAGACUAGAAUUGGUGCUCUACAAAGUACUGUUGAUAGAAUUAGAGUCAAAAUUGUUGACCCCUACAACAAAAUAGUGUCCCGCACAGCUCAGCUAGCAAAACUCCAAGCUGCCUGUGACUUGCUGCGGAGGAUAAUACGCAUCUUGUAUCUCAGUAAGAGACUUCAAGGGCAACUGCAAGGAGGAAGCAGAGAGAUAACAAAAGCUGCCCAGAGCCUUAAUGAACUUGAUUACCUUUCUCAAGGGAUAGAUCUCUCUGGAAUAGAAGUAAUUGAAAAUGACUUGCUUUUUAUUGCAAGAGCUCGGAUUGAGGUGGAAAACCAGGCUAAAAGGUUGCUUGAGCAAGGUGUGGAGACUCAGAAUCCUACUCAAGUGGGAACUGCUCUUCAGGUUUUUCAUAACCUUGGGACUUUGAAAGAUACCAUUGCUAAUGUGGUGGAUGGAUACUGCACAGUACUGGAGGAGAACAUUAAAAAUGCUUUGGAUAUCAAAGUAUUGACCCAACCAUCUCAAACUGUUACAAGAGGUGGCCCUGGUAGAGCUGCUAUGCCAACACCUGGGAACACAGCAGCUUUUCGAGCAGCCCUCUGGACAAACAUGGAGAAACUCAUGGAUCAGAUCUGUGCUGCUUGCGGACAGGUGCAGCAUUUGCAGAAAGUAUUGACAAAGAAAAGAGAUCCUGUGUCACAUGUCUGCUUCAUAGAGGAAAUAGUUAAGGAUGGCCAGUCCGAUAUUUUGUACAAAUUUUGGACUGCAGUAACUCAGACACUUUCCUGUCAGUUCCAGUCAGCAACAGACUCCUCUACAUUUUUGAAGCAAGCCUUCGAAGGAGAAUACCCUAAAUUACUGAGGCUUUAUAAUGACUUGUGGAAGCGCCUGCAACAAUAUAGUCAAAAUAUUCAGAGGAAUUUUAACACAGGUGGAGCUACUGAUCUCCUUACUGAACUGCAACAAAUGGAAGACGAUGCACAGGACAUAUUCAUGCAAAAAACCCAAGACUAUGAUCCAGAAAAGGCCUUGAAAGAUUCACUGCAACAGUAUGAAGCUGCUUAUUUGUCAAAAUCCUUAUCUCGACUCUUUGACCCCAUCAAUCUUGUCUUCCCUCCUGGAGGUCGAAAUCCUCCUUCUUCUGAUGAGCUUGAAAGCAUCAUUAAAACUAUAGCCAGUGAGCUGAAUGUGGCUGCUGUUGAUCCAGACCUCAGUUUAGCUGUGGCAAAAAAUGUUGCAAAGACCAUUCAGCUCUACGGUGUAAAGUCGGAGCAGCUUCUGUCUACGCAAGGAGAUGCCAGCCAGGUGAUUGGACCACUCACAGAGGGGCAGAGGAGGAACGUGGCUGUAGUUAAUUCUCUAUACAAACUGCACCAGUCGGUUCUGAAGGUCAUUACCAAUCAAAGCUCAUUUCCAGCAGCUGCUGAGCAAACAGUCACAACUGCCUUAAAGGCAGUCCAUGAUCUAAUGGGUAGUGCUGUUCAGCCAUUACUGAACUCUGUAGGAGAUUCAGUAGAAGCUAUUAUCAUCACUAUGCACCAGGAAGAUUUUUCUGGAUCAUUAUCCGGCCCGGGAAAACCAGAUGUCCCUUGUUCUCUGUACAUGAAAGAACUACAGGGUUUUAUAGCAAGAGUCAUGAGUGACUACUUCAGACAUUUUGAGUGUUUUGACUUUGUCUUUGAUAACACUGAAGCCAUGGCUCAAAGAGCAAUUGAACUUUUUAUUCGCAAUGCCAGUCUAAUAAGGCCCCUCGGUGAAGGUGGGAAGAUGCGGCUUGCAGCGGAUUUUGCACAGAUGGAGUUAGCGGUGGCACCGCUCUGUCGGCGAGUCUCUGACCUAGGAAAGUCCUACAGACAGCUGAGGUCAUUCAGACCACUGCUGUUCCAGACCAGUGAGCACAUUGCCAGUAGCCCAGCUUUGGGAGAGGUUAUUCCAUUCAGCAUCAUUCUUCAGUUUUUAUUUACAAGAGCACCAGCAGAGUUAAAAUCACCCUUCCAGAGGGCUGAGUGGUCCAUUGCCCGCUACUCCCAGUGGCUUGAUGAUCAUCCAUCUGAAAAAGACAGGCUUGCUCUCAUACGUGGUGCCCUGGAGGCUUACGUUCAGUCAGUGCGAAUGAGAGAGGGAAAGGAGUUUGCACCGGUCUAUCCCAUAAUGGUUCAGCUGCUGCAGAAAGCGAUGUCGACCCUUCAGUGAGCCAAUCUGUGCAACUCUCUCAAAUCUUGGCACAGUACUGCAGUCAUGGGUCUUCGGUGCCAUGCAGAUACUUGCAUUCCCAACUACGUAAGCUUUACAAGGAAAUGUGUUUACCUACUUUAUCUGUGAAACUUCUGUCUUCUUGCUUUACAUUUGCAUUACAGGAACUUAUUUAUACACAAAUGUCAUAAGGAAAUUGUACAGUUUUUAUGUGCUGUAAGUCUACAUCUAAUGAAAACAAUUCAGCAUUCCUUCUGAAUUCAGAAAAACUAGAACAUGCGCUCAAACACUGCAGUGGAAUUCAUGAGUAUCUCAAGUAAGGAAGUAGGUAGCUCUUGUAAGUAUGAACAGUUGGAUACAUUUUAGCCUUAUUCAGUACUUCUGAAUGCCAGAAUCAUCAGCUUCCAUCUAAAAAUCACUAAUUUUAA